AUGACAACUCAGAUGGAAUUCACAUCCUUUCUGAUGCAAAGACAGUUCCACAUUGAUUUUCUUCAUGGUGCUUUUUCCUUUGCAAUUCACUCAACGCAGCUGACAGGAUUCCAACAAUUUAUGCAGAAGAGAAACCCAAACUUUGACAAAGAAGAUGGCUUCAUUAGGGAUUUCUGGAAAGAUGCAUUUGAAUGUUCCUUCUCCAGUGAUAUUGCAGAUGAGAAGGCUGAAAGGAUCUGCACUGGAGAAGAGAAGCUGGAGACUCUUCCUAAUUCUGUCUUUGACACCACCAUGAAUGGCCAUAGCUACAGUCUCUACAAUGCAGUCCUAUGCUGUGGCCAUGCUCUGAAGCUCCACCAUUUCUUGCAACAAGUCUCCUUUAACAACAGUGCUGGAAUACAGGUUUCUUUUAGCCCCAAGGGGGAAUUAGAAACGGGACUUGAUAUUUUCAAUUGGGUCACAUUUGCAAACAAGUCCUUUCUGAAAGUCCAAAUUGGAAAGAUCGACCCCAUGGCUCCCCCAGACAAGCUCCUCACCAUUUCUGACAAGGAAACCGUUUGGCCUCUCAUAUUUAACCAGACAUUACCUUUUUCCAUUUGUAACAAGAAGUGUCCUCUUGGCCGUAGCAAGAUAAAAAUGGAAGGAAAAUUAUCCUGCUGCUAUGACUGUAAAAUAUGUCCAGAAGGGAAAAUAGCUGAUCAAUUGGACUUAGAUGACUGUUUCCCAUGUCCAGAGGAUCAAUAUCCAAACCAGGAUAAAGAUAGUUGCCUUCCAAAACGUAUAAUUUACUUAACUUAUCAAGAACCUUUGGGGAUUUCUUUGGCAGCGAUUGCAGUCUCCUUUUCUGUCAUCUCAGCUGCAGUGCUUGGGAUAUUCAUUAAAUAUCAGGACACACCUAUUGUGAAAGCCAAUAAUAGGAACCUCACUUAUAGCCUUCUUGUUGCUCUCCUGCUCUCUUUCCUUUGCAGUUUGCUCUUCAUUGGGCAACCUGACAAAGUGAAAUGUCUUUUGCGACAAACUGCUUUUGGCAUCCUCCUCUCUGUAGCUCUUUCUUGUAUAUUGGGGAAAACAAUCAUAGUGAUCCUUGCUUUCAUGGCCACCAAGCCCGGAUCCAAAAUGAGAAAAUGGGUGGGGAAAAGGCUGGCUAUCCCUAUUGUCCUAUCUUGCUCCCUGACACAAUUCUGCAUUUGUGUGGUGUGGCUCAUAAUUUCUGCUCCCUUCCCAGAUUCUGACAUGCAUUCCCUGUCUGACGAAAUUGUUCUACAAUGUAAUGAAGGUUCCACCACAAUGUUUUAUGCUGUCCUUGGCUUUUUGGGGUUCUUGACUGCUGUCAGUUUCACUGUAGCCUUCCUAGCUAGGAAUUUGCCUGACAGCUUUAAUGAAGCCAAAUUUAUCACCUUCAGCAUGUUGGUCUUUUGCAGUGUCUGGGUGUCAUUUGUUCCCACCUAUUUGAGUACCAAGGGAAAAUACAUGGUGGCUGUGGAGAUCUUCUCCAUUUUGGCUUCUGCAGCUGGAUUACUUCUCUGCAUAUUUUCCCCCAAAUGCUAUAUCAUUCUGCUGAGACCUAAUCUGAAUAAGAAGGAGCAACUAAUGAAAAAAUGA